CCAUUUGUAGCGGUGCUGGCGGCUGCGUUCGGCUUCGCUGCAGAAACGCGGAGAGGAGCGCGCUCCCUGGCCGCUGCGUCCUCUGCCCCGGCGCCUUCCCGGCUCCCCAGCGUCUCGGGCAACUCCCAGCCGUUCCGGGGGAUUGCAUUCCGCGGCCCUCCAGGCUACCCACGGGCCCCUCGUGCCCUACCGCCUGUAGCCCAGCCGGCCGCACUCAUCCCCGGAGCCGGGCCUAGGGCGCGCGGCGGCCGGGCUGGACUCGGGGCGUCCCGAUGGCCGCGGCCGGCUGGCGCGACGGCUCCGGCCAGGAGAAGUACCGGCUCGUGGUGGUCGGCGGCGGCGGCGUGGGCAAGUCGGCGCUCACCAUCCAGUUCAUCCAGUCCUAUUUUGUGACGGACUAUGACCCGACCAUUGAAGACUCAUACACAAAGCAGUGUGUCAUCGAUGACCGAGCGGCCCGGCUGGACAUUUUGGAUACAGCCGGACAAGAGGAGUUUGGAGCCAUGAGAGAGCAGUAUAUGAGGACAGGCGAGGGCUUCCUGCUGGUGUUUUCAGUCACGGAUAGGGGCAGUUUUGAAGAAAUCUAUAAGUUUCAAAGACAGAUUCUCCGAGUAAAGGACCGUGAUGAGUUCCCCAUGAUUUUAAUUGGCAACAAAGCUGACCUGGAUCACCAGAGACAGGUCACGCAGGAAGAAGGGCAGCAGUUAGCGAGGCAGCUCAAGGUCACGUACAUGGAGGCGUCGGCUAAGAUCAGGAUGAAUGUAGAUCAAGCUUUCCAUGAGCUCGUCCGAGUUAUAAGGAAAUUUCAAGAGCAAGAAUGCCCUCCGUCUCCAGAACCAACCCGGAAGGAAAAAGACAAGAAAGGCUGCCAUUGUGUCGUUUCCUAAGCGUUCCUUGAGUUUUAGCUGCCAACUGCCAGGGAAGCCCUCACCUCUGUUACCGUUUACAUCCUGCCGGUACCUUUGUAGCCUUAGACUGAUGAUCACCGUGGUAGCCUUACACCAAGAAGCUGGCUAAUUCUUUCUGCGAAGCUCGUGUAAUGGUCUUUCCCAGACGCAGACCGAUGUAAAGGAAACACUAAGGCUGCUUCAGACAUGAUCUGAUUCCUUUUAAAACACACGACUACACACACAGAUGCAUUCUUUAAGGGCUUACAUUUUAAUAGAUGAACCAAGUUUGGAAUCUAAGCUGUUUGCUAAGCUGGAGUGGUAGGUUGUGAAGUAAUUUUUAACUUCUGGAAUCGUGUUGCCUACUGUUACUCUAAAUAGAAGCAUACGGAGGGUAUUUUUUUUUUUAAAUGUGAAUUUUUGCCUAUCUUUAAAGCUUUUGAUGUCAACUCUCAUUAACCUUAAAUACACUGAAUGGAAUCUACAAAAGUGAGACAUCUCAGGCCUUUCCUGACGCUGCGGCUUUUGUUUUCCAGUGGCCAGAAUACCAAAAUGCCUGUUGUAGUUACGGAUUAAAAACUGCUGAUCAAGCCUUUCUUAUUAUGCCUCCUUCAAGAUGACAAUAUUCUCUGUGGCCAAAUGUUUGGACUCGUUCUGCACUUAGGUGUGUCAAUGAACUUGGUUUCUUUUCCCAGCCGUGCUAAGGGUAAGAGUGAACGGUUCCUAUCUGUCUUCCUUUUCAAGUAUUCCUGGUUGCGGGAUUAAACAAAAACAAGAACCCACCCAAACUAAAACUGUUUUUGUUUGAUGUAAUAUAAAAUAUGGAAUUGAUCUUUCCAGA